AUGUGGCAGGAGGCUCUGUGGACCCGUGGACGCUACCUGCUGGAGAAGAGCGAUGGGGGCGAUGGGGCCGAGGGGCCCGACAGCCUGGGAGAUGGCUGCCCCGGGUUCCAGAGCGACAUGUGUCUCGAGGUGGAGAAGCCUCAGGACUGGCUGUACGAGUCGUACUACAGGAUGAGCCAGCAGCAUCCGCUGAUCGUGUUCCUGCUGCUGAUCGUCAUGGGAACCUGCCUCGCGCUGCUGGCCGUGUUCUUCGCGUCAGGACUGAACACUGAAGCUCACUUGACGUUCCUGAUCGCGGUUUCCGCUGCUCUCUUCCUCUUCUUGUCCAUCUUCAUCCUGGUCUGCAUUGAAUCUGUUUUCAAGCGGAUGCUGCGCCUCUUCUCACUCCUUACCUGGGCCUGCUUGGUCACCAUGGGUUACCUGUUCAUGUUCUCCGGGGGCAGGCUCAGUCCCUGGGACCAGGUGUCGUUCUUUCUGUUCAUUGUGUUUGUGGUGUACACCAUGCUGCCCUUCACCAUGAAAUGGGCCAUCAUCGCCAGCGGUAUAACCUGCCUCUCACACACCGUCACCCUCAGCAUCUGCCUGACCUCCACCGUCACAGAGCUGGAACCUCUAGUGUGGCAGAUUCUGGCCAAUGUGAUCAUCUUCACCUGUGGAAACCUGGCCGGGGCGUAUCAUAAGCACCUCAUGGACCUGGCGCUCAAACAGACCUAUCAAGACACCUGCAACUGCAUCAAGUCCCCCAUCAAACUGGAGUUUGAGAAGCAUCAACAGGAGCGCUUGCUGCUGUCCCUGCUGCCUGCACACAUAGCCAGAGUGAUGAAAGCUGAAAUCAUCCAGCGGCUGCAGGGGCCGAACUUUGGUCGAACCGAGAGCACCAACAACUUUCAUAACCUCUAUGUGCAGAGGCACACCAACGUCAGCAUACUCUACGCCGACAUUGUGGGCUUCACACGGCUGGCCAGCGACUGCUCUCCUGGUGAACUUGUGCACAUGCUGAAUGAACUCUUUGGCAAAUUUGACCAGAUUGCAAAGGAGAACGAAUGCAUGCGGAUCAAGAUCCUGGGCGACUGUUAUUACUGCGUGUCCGGACUUCCUGAGUCGCUGCCAAACCACGCCAGGAACUGCGUGAAGAUGGGCCUGGAUAUGUGUGAGGCCAUCAAGAAGGUCCGAGAUGCCACUGGAGUGGACAUCAACAUGCGUGUCGGCGUUCAUUCUGGGAACGUCCUCUGCGGUGUGAUUGGCCUCCGCAAGUGGCAGUACGACGUGUGGUCGCACGACGUCACACUGGCCAAUCACAUGGAAGCCGGAGGAGUGCCGGGGAGGGUUCACAUCUCCUCGGUGACGCUGGAGCAUUUGAAAGGCUCAUAUAAGGUGGAGCCAGGAGAUGGACAGAGCAGAGAUUCCUACCUGAAAGAACAUAAUGUGGUCACCUACUUGGUCAUCAACCCCAAGACUGAAAGGCACAGCCCGCAUUUAGGUCUGCGUUCCUGUCCCUCUCUGGAUGGGGGGAAGACGAGGGCAUCUGUCAGGAUGACCCGAUACCUGGAAUCCUGGGGGGCAGCCAAACCCUUCGCUAACCUCCACCAUCGAGACAGCAUGACCGCAGACAAUGGCAAGAUCAACACCACAGACGUUCCGAUGGGGCAGUACUAUUUCCAAAGACGAGAAAGAUCCAAAUCUCAGAGGAAGAGGUUUGAGGAGGAGCUCAACGAACGAAUGAUUCGCACUAUUGAUGGCAUCAAUGCACAGAAACAGUGGCUGAAGUCUGAAGACAUCCAGAGGAUCUCAUUGUUCUUUCACAACAAAGCUUUGGAGAAAGAGUACAGAUCCACCACACUACCAGCCUUCAAGUACUACGUCACCUGUGCCUGCCUCAUAUUCUGCUGCAUAUUCAUUGUGCAGGUGCUCGUCUUGCCCAAAACUGCUGUGCUGGGGAUCUCCUUUGGUCUGACAUUCCUGCUGUUGGCUUUGAUCCUCCUCCUUUGUUUCGCUGGUCACAUUCUGCAGGGAGGGAAGGGGUCCUUCUGCUCUGUGCCUUGGCUCCCAGCUUCCUCUCGCAUCAUCGUCACCAACAACCCCUGGCUGCGAUUGGUCCUCACCAUGACGACUACGGCUGUCAUACUGGUGAUGGCUGUGUUCAAUAUGUUUUUUGUGGAGGAUCCUGGAGGGUCUGCUGCCGACAUCCAAACAACUGCGCUUCCUCUGAAUGCAUCCAAUAAUAGCCGGUCUGAGUACUUGGAGGACAAAAACAAGUUUUACCUGCCGUACUUCAUCUACUGCUGUAUUCUGGGCCUGGUCUCCUGCUCGGUAUUCCUGAGGAUCAACUACGAGCUGAAGAUGGUAGUGAUGCUGGUCGCCGUGGUGAUCUACAACAUCAUCAUCCUGCAGACUCAUGCCUCCUUGCUGGAUGGUUUCAACAAAGCUCUGUACCCCACAGACAAGUCCGGCAGACCAGGUGUGCUGAAGGAUCUGAAGACAAUGGGCUCUGUGUCUCUGUUCAUCUUCUUCAUCACUCUACUGGUUUUAGCAAGACAGAAUGAAUAUUACUGUCGGCUGGACUUCCUGUGGAGGGACAAGUUCAAGAGAGAGUGUGAGGAGAUUGAAACCAUGGAGAACCUCAACCGGGUCCUGCUAGAGAACGUUUUACCGGCGCAUGUGGCCGAGCACUUCCUCGGACGCAACUGGAAAAACGAGGACCUUUAUCAUCAGUCGUACGACUCGGUGUGUGUGAUGUUCGCCUCCAUCCCGGACUUCAAAGAAUUUUACACCGAGUCUGAUGUCAAUAAGGAAGGACUGGAGUGCCUCCGACUUCUCAACGAGAUCAUAGCCGACUUUGAUGAGCUGCUGUCCAAGCCAAAGUUCAGCGGAGUGGAGAAGAUAAAGACCAUCGGUAGCACCUACAUGGCUGCAACCGGGCUCAAUGUAACUCCAGGACCAGAGUCUGCACAAGAACAUGACAGACAGUACAUGCACAUCGGCACAAUGGUGGAGUUUGCCUUUGCUCUUGUUGGGAAGCUAGAUGUCAUCAACAAACACUCUUUUAAUGACUUCAGACUGCGAAUUGGUAUCAACCACGGGCCGGUGAUUGCAGGAGUCAUUGGGGCUCAGAAACCCCAAUAUGACAUCUGGGGAAACAGUGUUAAUGUGGCCAGCAGGAUGGAAACGACGGGGGUGCUGGGUAAAAUACAGGUAACGGAGGAAACCAGCGGUAUCUUAUCCAACCUGGGGUACAUGUGUUCGUGUCGUGGCAUCAUCAACGUGAAAGGCAAAGGGGAGCUGAAAACCUACUUUGUCCACACAGAGAUGAGCAGAUCUCUGUCACAAGGGACCGUGAUGCCUUGAGCGCGCCUUGCCGCGCCGCCACAGAGACUUGGAAACACAAAAGCAGAAAGUGGCACUGAAGUGACAAGUCAUGCUCUGUAAGUAAAACCCAUCACUAGAAGCCAGCAGCACAGCGGACUGACAUUCGUCGAGAACCACUUUUGUCCUCAGCAGCUGAGAGCAGAUGGAGGCCAAGGUGGGCCGCCGCGGUCCUUCAACGCUGCACUACGAGUGCGUUUCACCCCUCCAGUGUUAUGAGGACAUCACUCUGAGGAGUCUCUUCACUGUCUAAAGGAGUGCCUGACUAAAGAGAGGUUGGCUAAAUUGGUGCAGCUCUCAAGGACCCCAGUCACCUAUCUGUAAAAUAGUAGUGUGUGGAGCUAAUUACCCACACCAGUGUUGCAGUGCUUCACAGCCUUAUACUUGAGCAGAUUGAGCCGCCUGUCAAGCUGUUUAUUUCCGUUUUGUUUGUUUUUUAACUCUCAGCGUGCCUGGUACUGAGAGCCAAUUCAUUUCCUCCCAAAUGGAUGUUACAAUAACUCUCAUCAUAUAGGGCUGGUGGUACCAAUAAAUUACCAGCAUUAUGGGUAGAUAAAACAACCUGUGAUUGUAUUUAUAGCUUUAUAGCUACAUAUGUGUCCCAUUUGAAUCAAGAAGGAAGCUUUUUUUUUUUUUUUAUAUGUCAGCAAGGGCCAACAUUGUGUAAAUGUUCACUGCCAUGU